GAUCUAGAAAAGAAAGGAGUAAUAAUAUUGCUGUUAUCUUUGAUUUUUCAUUUAGUACUAUCUUUAUGUCAUUUCAAUUUCGUACAAUGAUAGAGCACAAACCAUCGUUCACCCUUUAUGCCCUUUAGUUAAUCGUGCAAAGAGAAAAAGGAAUAUCUUUUAUCAAUGGAUUCGAUUUUUUAUGCCGUUGUAUUUCGUCGUAAGCGCCAUCUAUGACGCUUCACAGGAAUAUCUCGACUACGCUAAUCUUUUUCAUUGUAUAGUCUUCCAAUUGUUUUCAUUAUGAAGCAAGAAAGAGAAAGGAUAGGAAUUAACAAAAGUGACUUUUUCUUUUUUUCCUUUUUUUAUAAUAAAUACUUGUCAAGUAAUAGAAAAGAUUUAGUAGAACUGCCGAUAUCUUAAAAACAGGAUGCUGUUGCAUAUGAUACUGUUCCUCUUACCAUAUUGGUUACGUUAAUAAUACAUAGUUUAUCCAUGAAUAUAUAAGAUUUAUAAUUGGAAUAAAAAUACUUAUAUAUUAUAAAUUCAGCUACGCAUAUAACUCUAUUUAGUUCUCUUCUUUUAAAUACUUUUCUUUCGAUGUACGUUAUGGAAGCUUUCAUUUAUGAGAUUCUAGAUAAGUAUCAGUAAAUAGGAAAAGAAAAAGAAGAAAACAAAUAAAUGAGAAAGGAAUCGGAUUAAUGUUUACAGAGUAAUGAAAUAAAUAAAAACAAAUUUUUAAUGUCAUUACAGUAAACGCUCUCUCUCAUCUUUCAUAUUUACAUGAAACAUUCAUGCAAGUACACCGACAACUAUAAACGCGCGCCUGCGCCCAUCCAUAUAUGUACAUCAUUGAAAAACGUCAGAUGUCAGAUUUAACAAAGUUCGAUAGGUUAGAAGAUUGUACAUACCACUAGCGAGCAUCGACAUCAUUAAGAGAGAGGUAGAGAGAGCCAUGAAUUGUGUAAAUAAAAUAAACUCGCUUUGUUUCUAGUGUAUUAAAGUACAACAAUAUAAUUACUGCUACUUACUGUCGGUGACAUAAACUAAUAACGUGCAAAAUACGAUGGCAGAAAAUUUAGCAAAAGUUUUUGCAGCAGAAGAUUUCAAUGCGGAAAAAUUCGUCAAGGAUCUCAGUGCGCAAUGCGUUGGUGCGGAUGAACUACGACAGCAACGUGCCAAAAUUCAAGAACUUGCGAAUAAUACAUCUGCUUUGUUGAAGCGCAAUGUCUAUCAAAAUUAUAUGCAAUUUAUAGAAACAGCUAAAGAAAUUUCUCAUUUGGAAAGUGAAAUGUACCAGUUGUCGCAAUUGUUAAGCGAGCAGCGUUCUUUAUUAAGUACACUUGGCACUAGCAGAACUACUGGCCUUAUGUUUGAAGAUUUAUCCCAAUUAGACAAUAAUAACGAUAAUAUUACCAAGGAGCAAGAGCAAAAGCAAAAGCUGAUUCAACUACUUGAAAAUGUUGAAGGUGCCAUGAAUUUGGCAGAAAUUGCUGGUCGUGUUUGCUUGCACGAAGGUUCUCUCCUAGAGUUGGAUCCAGUCGAUGGGAUGCCAUUGAAAAGAAUUCAUGCUUAUUUAUUCAACGACGUAUUAAUGAUAGCCUCUUGGUUAGCUAACGGCGGCAGAAGAGGUCCACCCAGAUACAAGAUGCAAGCUGUCUAUAAUUUGCAAAGUUUAGCUGUCGUCAAUAUUAGAGAUCUGAGUACGGUGAAGUUGGCAUUUAAACUUCUCGCAUUUCCGGAUACCAGGGUGUUUCAGUGUGCAACCGCAACAAGUAAAAAGGAAUGGUUGGACAAAUGCGAACAAGCAAAGAGAGCCAAGCUGGCGCAAGAGAAUGGAAAUAAUGAUGGGGAUAAGAAUAAACUUUCUAAGGAAAAAGAAACGAUACCGUCGCGCUCCAUGUCUUUGGAAUCGAAUACGUUAGGUAUAGAAGAUGAAGAGGAAUCGGAAUAUCACGAGCCACCGCCCGAAUGGGUAUUAGAAGUGGCAGAGGAUUUGGAUUCUUGCAUAGCACAACGCCACUUUGAAGAUGCUUAUAGUCUUUUAGAAAGAGCUAGGACAUAUUUGAAAGAUACGACAAUGACGCCUCUCCUGUUGGAAAUUCAAACGAAGGUUAAUGAGAGAGGACGUGCUUUAAUCGAUGUUCUAAUAAAAGAACUUGAAUUGAGUUCAGAGUCAAAAUCAUUGCAAGGCGGUGGUUUAAGAAGCGCACGACGUAUAGUUAAACUUUUAAUACAAUUAAAUCGAAGCGCUCAAGGAUGUAAAUUGUAUCUAAGAUUGUGUAGUGCUAUGCUGAAGGCACGAGUUAAAAGGGUAAAGAGAGAAGGUGCCACUGUGCCUUACAUACGACAGCUUAGUGCGAUUGCUUUCAGUAAUAUAGCAGAAAUGGCAAAAGAAUUUUUAAAACUCUUUCCCCAGUCUACAAAUUGUACUUCCGGCUUAGUGGUGUGGUGCAGUCAAGAGAUAAAAUACUUGACGUCGCACUUGACCAAUUUACUUUUCAUCCCGCAAGUAUCAUUAAGCGUUUUAGUCGAAUGUAUUCUAGCUGUUAGAGGUCACUGUGACCAGCUAACGCAACUAGGUAUGGAUUUUCGUUAUCAAUUGGAUGGUCAGCUCAGAUCCCCAUUGUCUAAAGUUAUACAAGAUACUAGUGAAAAUUACAUCGAUACCGUUACAAAGGGCCAAGCUGCAGAGGAUACAUGGAGUCCGACGAAUCUUCAAAAUAGUCCAAAUCUUCAAAAUUUGUUAUUGGAAUUGGAUAAUCUUGGUAUUACCGUACCAAAGGCUUAUUUGACGAAUGACUUUUGGAUCGCAUUAACCAAUAAUACAUUAGCAUUUUCCAAAUUAUACGUUAGUUUUCUCGAGGAUUGUCUAAGCAUCGCGACCCCGGAACUUAUGCAAACGAUCGAUACUGCCCUUUUAUCAUUGAUACGAACGCAAGUACAACAUUUGAUAACAUCUCUUAACAAUCCAAAAUUAAAACAAGAGAAACGAAUGAUACAGGAUAACGCGGCUUAUGUCAGAGAUGUAGUAAUCAAUAGAAGUUUGGAAUUAUACAAAAGUGUAACAAGUCGGAAGUUUACCAAACUUUUAGUACUCAAAGAACAAAUUGUGCUUGAACAAAUUUCUCCGAUGAAGCCUAAAGCUGCACCCAGGACUUCGGUACCUAAAUACUCAUCCACUGAAUACAUUUAAAUAAUACGACAUGAUUGGAAACGUAAUCAAUUAAUGCCAUGGCAAAACCUAUUUUCAUACAACUCAGCAGACUGUAUAAUACUGUAUAUAUAUAUAUACACACACACACACACACACACACACACACACACACACACACAUUUAUACAUGUGUAUAUAUGUAUACAUAAAUCGCAUUCUAAGCAUAAAAAUUAAAUAUAUUCAAAUUUAGAGAAUACACGUAGCACUGCCUAUUCAUAUCUAAUAUAUGGACAGUUAUUUGUGGUAAA